GGGAACAUUCGACAUCCGAGAGAAGAAAAAGGUCAGGUCUUGGUGUUCCACCGUCUCCGAUCUCAAGUCAAAGUGCAGAUCUUCCUUGGUUUCAAUUCCACGAUUAAAUAGAGCUUGAAGAAAGACUAACCCGAGAUUCCGAAACAAUGGAAGGUGCUGCGGUGGCGGAAGGUCUGUGGGGACUAGCGGAUCACCACGAGAAGCUUGGUGACAUGGGCAAGACCAUAAAAUGCUUAGAAGCCAUCUGCCAAAGCCAAAUCUCUUUCCUUCCUCUCGUUGAAGUCAAGACUCGCCUCCGUGUCUCAGCCCUUCUCCUCCGUUACUCUCACAACGUCAACCACGCCAAGUCCCAUCUCGAGCGCUCUCUCCUCCUCCUCAAGUCUAUUCCUUCCUCCUUCGAUCUCAAGUUCCGGACUUUCAGCUUGCUCAGCCACUGUUAUCACCUCCUCGCCUCCUUCCCUCCUCAGCGCAACCUCCUCCUCAAGGCUCUCGAGCUCGCUUCCUCUGUCCCUCAGGAUGUCUCUGCUUACCUCUGGUCCUGCAACUUCAACUCUCAGCUCGCUAACACCUUCAUCAUCCAAGCUGAUUUCCCUUCUUCUCUCUCCGCUCUCGACUCUGGCUUUCUCUCUGCUUCUCACAUCUGUUUCCCUGAGCUUCAGAUGUUCUUCACCGCUUCUAUGCUUCACGUUCAUAUCAUGCAAUGGACUGAUGAUUACUCGGUGGAAAAGGCUGUUCAGCGAUGUGAUGACAUCUGGCAGACCAUUUCUUCUGACAAGACUGAACGAUGCCCCGGUUUGUUCUUCUACAACGAGAUGCUGCAUGUUUUCUACCGCCUCAGGCUCUGUGAUUACAAGAACGCCCAGCAUCAUGUCGACCGCUUAGACCAGGCCAUGAAUGCUCAUUCCCAUAAAAUGCUGGAGGCUCAGCAGCUUCAGCACGAUCUCACUUCGUUGGAUCAUAGUCUCUCCCGUUACGACCUUCCCUCCAGGGAAAGGGCAGCACUCUCCGACAGACGAUCUCAGCUCCAAGAUCGCGUAAAUGCAUUGUCUCCAUCUUCUACCACUGCUGCUAACUCUCUGGAGCCUGCCUUCUUUGGCAAUAUGGACCGUGCGUGGACAGAGAGGCUACUGCUUUCACAAUCUCCAAUCGAUGGAGAGUGGCUACCAAAAAGUGCCAUCUAUGCUUUGGUCCAUCUUAUGGUUGUCAUAUCGGGACGUCCCAAAGGACUCUUUAAAGAGUGUUCAAAACGCAUUGAGUCUGGAAUGCACAUCAUUCAAGACGAACUGGUCAAACUUGGAAUUACUGACGAAGUUAGAGAAGCUGAUUUGCGGCACACAGCUAUUUGGAUGUCUGGGAUAUAUCUAAUGCUACAGAUGCAGUUCCUUGAGAAUAAAGUGGCUUUGGAACUUACAAGGUCUGAAUAUGUCGAAGCACAAGAGGCUCUGGUUGAGAUGAAAAAUUUGUUUACUCGGUUUCCAACGAUCUUGCAAGCUUCUGAGUGUGUGAUUGAGAUGCUCAGGGGGCAAUAUAGUCACUCUGUCGGUUGCUAUAGUGAAGCUGCUUUCCAUUCUAUCGAAGCAUCUAAGCUGACAGAGAGUAAAUCGUUGCAAGCUACGUGUCAAGCUUUUGCAGCUGUUUCUUACCUCACAAUUGGAGAUGCUGAUUCAUCAUCAAAGGCACUUGAUUUGAUUGGGCCACUCUAUGGAAUGACGAAUUCACUAUCUGGUGUGCGAGAAGAAGCUAGUAUUCUCUUUGCUUAUGGUCUCCUUUUGAUGAAGCAACAAGAUCUACAGGAAGCAAGAAACCGUCUUGCCAAGGGUUUGCAGAUAGCGCAUACUCAUAUGAGUAACCUGCAGCUAGUUUCACAGUAUUUGACACUUCUGGGAAAUCUGGCUCUUUCCUUACACGACACGGUACAAGCCAGAGAGAUCCUUCGUUCCUCUCUUACACUUGCGAAGAAACUCUCUGAUAUCCCAACUCAGCUAUGGGUUCUAUCCAGCUUCACAGCUCUAUAUCAGCAGUUGGGUGAGAAAGGGAGCGAGAUGGAGAACGAAGAACACAGGAAGAAGAAAUGGGAUGAGAUGCAGAGUAGACUAGCUGAAGCGCGUGGAUCCAUCCAUCACAUUGAACUAGUGGAGAAAGCUAGGCUAGAGAUGCAUAAGGUGGAGGGUGCACAAGAACAGGCUGAAGUAACUUACGGGAUGCAAGCGAGUCUGGACAUUCCAGAGUCUGUGGGUAUAGAAGGUCCGUCACCGGCUCAGUACUCGUCGAGGCUUGUAGGUUUAGACACGGGAAAAAGAUGGGGAAAACGAAGGGUAUGACCUUCAACGCAGGAGCGUUGAGUUGUUGUAUGUAAGCUGUGUAAGAUGUGUUGAUUAUAAUUCUGUUAUAAGUAUUGCUAAGUAUUAUUUGGGAGUUAGAUUGUAGAAUAUUGAAACAUUAAUAGAAGGCAGCUAAAAUGCCUUCGUUUACGGGUGUGUGGCAAGUCGGAAACCUGAAAUUAGGUUAUCUCUGUUUCCGACAGCAAGAUGGAUCUGUUUGACUGGAUAUAAAUUAAUUUAAACCAGUGUUUGGUCUAAUAACCUAUUUUUGUAUUGAA